AACAUGAUUUCAAAAUUGUAGAGCACAAAAAUAGGCAGCGCAACAGUGCUGCGUAACGUGCGCCGCCAACAGCUGUUCGCUUCAUUUGGCUAUGUCGAUAUUAAACCAGAUUUCAAAAACGUUAACAAAAGGGCUACAACUAUUCCGAAUAUCCCAGUGCCUGCCGCAGGCUUCCUACCCAAACGGGCGGAAUAUAUGGGGCUAUGUGGCUGUGGCCUUCAAUCAAGUGGAUGCAGAGCGUCUCGCCAAGGUGGGCCCAAACCGGCUAUGUGCCGAAUGGAUUGUGAAGAACGGAGGCGGUGUGCGGUUUGUGGACAAUCCGACUAGGCUGUGGAAGGACUACAACUCCCUGCCAGCAGAGACGAGCAAAUUCUCCAUCAAGGUCGUGGAUGCCACAAACGCAUCCAUAAUGAAAAUCGGACUGGCCCACUUCAAGGGAUGCAAUUCAAUCGACACGGUCAUCUUUCACAACUGCAAGCAUCUGGAGGACGAUGGACUGGAGGGAUUGACACACAUCAAGAACUCGCUGGAGCGGCUUCAAGUCUCAGGCUGCUACAACAUUAGCGAUUCUGGCCUGGGCGUCAUUUCCGAGCUGAAAAACCUGAAGCAACUUCUCAUAUUUGAUAUGCUCUUCGUAAAGAACAUGCAACAAGUGGCUCUUGAGCUGAAGAAACAUCUGCCCGAGUGCGACAUCAAGGCCACCAAAAUGAGCGUUCAGUUGAAGGAGGAGUAGAGUUUGUUGUAUAAAUGUUAAAGCAAUAAAAAUUCGCCUAUAAAAACGAUUACUCUUGCAA